GUCCCUUCCCCCACCUCCCGCGCGCCCGGGCCCCAGCGUCUCCGCCCCGCCCGCGCCGGGGUCGCUGCAGUCCCCGCGGCUGCCCCGGGCUCCCUGCCCAGGCGCCCCGGCCUUAUUCCAGCCUGGGGAGCGCCUCGGGGGGAGUGCGGGACAGCGAGGGAGGCCGAGGCGGGGGCCCCGGGCGCCCGAUCUCCCUCCCCGAACCGGGGAGGUGGCCCCGACUCCGGGAGCCGGAACGCAGGGAAAGGCAAGGACGGGGCGGCCGGCGGAGGGGCGGGCGCCGCUCAUCAGCCACGCCAGUCACGUCUGGGGCCACUCGGCUGCUUUUUUCUUCCUUUCCCCCUUUGCUUUCUCCCCCCUCCCCGGUUGGCGAGGGCAAAGUGGCCGUGGCGGCGCCAUGCCCGGGCCGGAGUGAGUACGCGCGGGCGAAAAUGGCGUACAUCCAGUUGGAACCAUUAAACGAGGGUUUUCUUUCUAGAAUCUCUGAUCUGCUGCUGUGCAGAUGGACCUGCCGGCACUGCUGUCAGAAGUGCUACGAGUCCAGCUGUUGCCAGUCGAGUGAGGAUGAAGUUGAAAUUCUGGGACCUUUCCCAGCCCAGACUCCUCCCUGGCUGAUGGCCAGCCGGAGCAGUGACAAGGACGGUGACUCCGUCCACACGGCCAGCGAAGUCCCUCUGACCCCACGGACCAACUCCCCAGACGGGAGACGCUCGUCCUCAGACACGUCCAAGUCCACGUACAGCCUGACCCGGAGGAUUUCGAGUCUCGAGUCCAGACGACCCAGCUCCCCGCUCAUCGACAUUAAACCCAUCGAGUUCGGCGUUCUCAGCGCCAAGAAGGAGUCCGUCCAGCCCUCGGUGCUCCGACGGACCUAUACCCCGGACGAUUAUUUUCGAAAGUUCGAGCCCCGGCUGUACUCCCUCGACUCCAGCAGCGAUGACGUGGACUCUCUGACAGACGAGGAGAUCUUGUCCAAGUACCAGCUGGGCAUGCUGCACUUCAGCACCCAGUACGACCUGCUGCACAACCACCUCACCGUGCGGGUGAUCGAGGCCAGGGACCUGCCCCCUCCCAUCUCCCACGACGGCUCGCGCCAGGACAUGGCGCACUCCAACCCCUACGUCAAGAUCUGCCUCCUGCCGGACCAGAAGAACUCCAAGCAGACCGGGGUCAAACGCAAGACCCAGAAGCCCGUGUUCGAGGAGCGCUACACCUUCGAGAUCCCCUUCCUAGAAGCCCAGAGGAGGACCCUGCUCCUCACCGUGGUGGAUUUUGAUAAGUUCUCGCGCCACUGUGUCAUUGGCAAGGUUUCCGUGCCUUUGUGUGAAGUCGACCUGGUCAAGGGCGGCCACUGGUGGAAGGCGCUGAUCCCCAGUUCUCAGAAUGAAGUGGAGCUUGGGGAGCUGCUUCUGUCACUGAAUUAUCUGCCAAGUGCUGGGAGACUGAAUGUUGAUGUCAUUCGAGCCAAGCAACUUCUUCAGACAGAUGUGAGCCAAGGUUCAGACCCCUUUGUGAAAAUCCAGCUAGUGCAUGGACUGAAGCUUGUGAAAACUAAGAAGACAUCCUUCUUAAGAGGCACAAUUGAUCCUUUCUACAAUGAAUCCUUCAGCUUCAAAGUUCCCCAAGAAGAACUAGAAAAUGCCAGCCUAGUGUUUACAGUGUUCGGCCACAACAUGAAGAGCAGCAACGACUUCAUCGGAAGGAUCGUCAUCGGCCAGUACUCGUCGGGCCCCUCCGAAUCCAACCACUGGCGGCGCAUGCUCAACACCCACCGCACAGCCGUGGAGCAGUGGCACAGCCUGAGGUCCCGAGCUGAGUGUGACCGCGUGUCUCCCGCCUCCCUGGAGGUGACCUGAAGGCUGCUGGGAAGGCAGCUUUCAUUUGUAAAAAAAAAAAAAAAAAAAAAAAGACAGAAAAAAGUGUCACAUACUCUUACAUCCACACCUGCAAAUGCACUCACAGCACACACACACACACACACACACACACACACGCACGCACGACAUCCUAAAUCCUCUCAGCACGGAGAGGAAGCUGACAAUUGAUCAUAAAAUGGCCGCCCUCAAUGAGUGAGGCCAGAGAACUUUCCGGAAGCCCUAUCCAUAGAUCACGAGCUGAGUAGGCUCUGCCAUGGGACUGAUGGGCAAUGCCCGCCCUUGUUGAUACCCCUGCCCCAAAAUGCACUUUCAACCCUCAGGCCAGAGAAGGGACCUCCCAAAGGGCGCCAACCUCCGUUGAGACUAAACACCAAGAGUUUGGCCAAUAUGUGGGGGAGACCUGACACCCCCCCCAAACACACGCCCACUGGGUAACUUCUGAACAGGCUGCUGUUCCCUGGGGUUCUUCAAACCUGAUACCUUUCUCCAAAGGUGUAAGUAUCUCUGUCUUAGUAAAUGUGAUAACUAGGUUAGACUAUGUGGAGAAACCAAAUGGAAACAAAAAAAUAUGCCAGUGUCAGAAGCCUCUCCUGGCAUAACUGAACUGUCCUUGCAUUAGCUUAUUCCAGGGGACUCCCUGUGGGUCCGUAUGUGUAUGUUCUCGUGCGCGUGUGCUCACAGAGGAACACGUGUGUGCGCCUGCGUGUCCUCUCGGAGAGCAAGGUGAUGGGCCCGGACCUCAACCCUGAGCACUCGCCUGUCUCUGCCUCUCCCAUCUGGUGAGAUUUCACCCCGUGUCCUCCCGUCUGUCAGAGACCCCACCUUGGGUAACAGUAACCUGUGUGUGUCGAGUAAAUAGGAUAUGAUAGAACAAAAGUAACAUUUUCGACCGAAUCACGGUGAUUGUGACCCACAAAAGACCGUCAGAGGACCUGAUUCAGGAUCAAAAUGGCCCCCACACCCGAUCUCCCUCCUUAGUCGUACUCUGAGGACCUUUCUGUGUCUGUGUGUGAACCAAAGUCAUGUCUCACGUGCUAAGGAAUUAGUGUGGCUAGAAUAGAUCUCUCUUUUUCUCUCUCUUUCUGUCUCUCUCUCUCUCUGUUGGAUGCUUCUGUAUCUCUUUCCACAGCAUAUUGUCUGGUGUGAUGGGGGGCUAUUUAUUGAAAUUAAAGACUAUUUAUUUGUGCCA